GUGUUAAAUAUACACCUCAUCAAACGGAAGAAAAGCUCCACUACCGUCUGUGGUGGAGCGGCCUUUGUUUGUAGUCUCCGCCUCCUCUCUCCUCUCUCCUCCUCCGCCUAAAUUCUCUCACACACACUACACACACUAAAACCCCAAUCACUUCUGAUCUCAAUUCUCCAACAAUGGAGAGCGCCGCCAUCUACUCUACCUCCACCACCAUUACCUCCUUCACCCUCCGCUCCCGCCCCUCCAUUUCCUCCACCCGUCUCCGCCCCCUCAAUUCUCUCUCCACCACCACCCCCACCGCCGCAGCACUUUCAUUCCUCCACCGUCCCACCAAUCUCUCCCUCUUCAACCCCAUCCCCAAAACCCAUAAGAAACUCAUCACCACCAUCUCCGCCUCCGCCGCCGCCGCCGAUAUCCCCGCCCCAUCUGAAUCAAUCACCACAUCCCCUCCUCCUCCUCCUCUACAAGGCGCCAAACUCGUCCCCUUAAUCAUCUCACUCGCCAUCGGAAUCGCCGUCCGCUUCUUCGUUCCCAAACCCGUCGAAGUAACCCCACAAGCGUGGCAACUGCUCUCCAUUUUCCUCUCCACCAUCGCCGGCCUCGUCCUCAGCCCCCUCCCCGUCGGCGCGUGGGCGUUCCUCGGCCUCACCACCGCGGUCCUCACCAAAACACUCACCUUCGCCGCCGCCUUCUCCGCCUUCACGAACGAGGUCAUCUGGCUCAUCGUCAUCUCCUUCUUCUUUGCCCGGGGUUUCGUGAAGACCGGCUUGGGUGACAGAAUCGCCACCUAUUUCGUCAAGUGGCUGGGUAAGAGCACUCUCGGAUUAUCGUACGGGUUGACUUUGAGCGAGGCGUUGAUUGCUCCGGCAAUGCCGAGCACCACCGCUAGGGCAGGCGGCGUGUUUUUGCCGAUUAUCAAGUCCUUGUCCUUGUCUGCUGGGAGUAAGCCCAAUGAUCCAUCCAAGAAAAAGCUCGGCUCCUUUUUAAUCCAAUCCCAAUUUCAGUCGGCUGGUAACUCGAGUGCUCUUUUUCUAACUGCUGCAGCUCAAAAUCUUCUCUGCCUCAAGCUAGCCGAAGAACUUGGAGUUGUAAUUGCAAACCCAUGGGUUUCUUGGUUCAAGGCUGCAAGUUUGCCUGCGUUUGUUUCUCUUCUAGCUACGCCAUUCAUCUUGUACAAGCUAUACCCACCCGAGACGAAAGAUACACCCGAGGCGCCUGCUAUGGCUGCAAAGAAACUGGAACUUAUGGGCCCCGUCACGAAAAACGAAUGGGUUAUGAUCGGUACUAUGCUUCUUGCAGUUUCUUUAUGGGUUUUCGGAGAUGCUCUCGGAAUUGCAAGUGUUGUAGCUGCAAUGCUCGGUUUAUCGAUACUCUUACUAUUGGGAGUGCUCGACUGGGACGACUGCUUGAGUGAAAAAUCCGCAUGGGAUACUUUGGCAUGGUUUGCAGUUCUAGUCGGCAUGGCUGGUCAGUUGACCAGCCUCGGAAUUGUGAGCUGGAUGUCCAACGGUGUUGCCAAGUUGCUGCAGUCGCUGUCGCUGAGCUGGCCUGCCGCUUUUGCCCUUCUGCAAGCGGCUUAUUUCUCUAUACACUACCUGUUUGCCAGCCAAACGGGCCAUGUCGGUGCGCUGUACUCGGCGUUUCUGGCAAUGAAUAUAGCAUCUGGAGUGCCGGGUGUGCUGGCGGCGUUGGCGCUUGCUUAUAAUACUAAUUUAUUCGGUGCUCUCACGCAUUAUAGCAGUGGUCAGGCUGCUGUUUAUUUCGGAGCUGGUUAUGUAGAUCUACCGGACGUGUUCAAGUAUGGAUUCAUCAUGGCAAUUGUUAAUGCUGUUAUAUGGGUAGUUGUUGGAUCGUUCUGGUGGAAGUUUUUGGGGCUGUACUAGUUUCGAAUGUAAGUCUUUUUUUUUUUUUUUUUAAAUUUUUUUUUUCGUCUGUGAUACUCGGAACCGAGAGAAGGGUAUUUUUGGAAAUAUUGAAGUUUCAGCUGACGACUUAGUUUGAGUUCUUUGUCGGAAUUCGUCGAGCCCUAACGAUUUUUGUUGCCAGAGUUUUGAUCAAGAAAUACAAAAUAAAAUAUUCUUGGAACAAACAAAGUAAGAAAUGCAUUAUUGAGUUUCUUGGCA